UUGGACCACUGCACUGCAGACACCUCCUUUCCAGAAGACCCCACCGAGAGCUCCAGACACCAUGAACCUUCCCUCCACAAAGGUCUCUUGGGCCGCUGUGUCUCUAGUUCUACUGCUGCUGCUGCCACCCGCGCUGCUGUCGCCUGGGGCGGUCGCUCAGCCUCUGCCCGACUGCUGUCGCCAGAAGACUUGCUCCUGCCGUCUCUACGAGCUGCUGCACGGCGCUGGGAAUCACGCAGCCGGCAUCCUCACGCUGGGCAAGCGACGGCCAGGGCCCCCGGGCCUCCAGGGCCGGCUGCAGCGCCUCCUGCAGGCCAGCGGCAACCACGCAGCGGGCAUCUUGACCAUGGGCCGCCGCGCAAGCGCAGAGCCAGCGCUGCCUCCCUGUCCCGAGCGCCGCUGUCCUGCCUCAGUCGCCGCAGCUACCGCUCCCAGGGGACCGUCUGGAGUCUGAGCCCUUCUUCAGUCCCUGUCCUGGUCCCACCCUUUCCCCUCUGUUCUCCAAUGUCAGCCUCUAGAGAAACGGCAAUAAAGACGAGUCUGUUCAUGUGA